AUGGCGGGAAAAGUGUGUAUGUUGAUGGCAUUGAUAAUGAUAGGGUGUGUUUUACAAGCAUGCAAUGGAGCCAAUGCUGGUGAGAGCAACCCAACGGAAAAUUCAAAGAUGGUUUGCUUCAAAACCUGUUCCAUAGCCUGUGGUAAAGAAAACAAACCUUGUCACCAAGAAUGUUUGACCAAGUGUGGUCUCCCAAAAAAACCUUCUACAACCGCUUGA